CUUGGCGAUUACCUGGAGAAGUUUCGGGCCGCGACGUGUGUCAUUUCGCCAGUGUUUUGAACGGAACUAUUUUCCUCUCAAUUAUUAGAAUAUUUUACCCCGUGAAAAGAACCGUUUUGUCCGGGGUGUUUCCGCGUUCGCGUUCCGGGUUAUUCGCCGUCGACAAUGGCCAAGCUAACGUACGUGUACCGCUCCGACGAGAGCAACUGUGUCAAAGUUAGCAAAAGGCAGCUGCCCCUGAUCGGGGGUGAAAACCUGAUGAUGCUGAUGGAUCUGAACUCGAAGGGGCUGGUGUUUGAUCGGCCGGCGGUGAAGGGUGCGGAGUUGGAGGAAUUCACCCGGAAGUACCAGCUGCUGUCCCCGGCCGAGUUGCGCCUCUCGCUGCACGUUCCGACGGUGGAGUUUACGGCGGUGCUGAGCCAGAAUGUGCCUUGCGUCGGUUGCCGGAGGAGCGUCGAGCGUUUGUUCUACCAGUUGAUGCUGUCGGGCCAUCCGACGCUGGAUCCGAUCGUGAUUUCCAGCAAGGGCGUGUUGACCAUCAGCGACGACAAGAUCCGGUCGGCGCAGGCCGUCUGUAAUCUGCUGCACAAGCAUAAAUCCCUGCUGGACGGGUUGCUGGACAACCAGUUUCGGAACAGGAAGAGCUCACGCUGCAAUUUGCAUUCCCUGGACUCGUUCCGUUCGCGGCCCUUCUCCGAGACCUGGCGGGACGUGUGGAACUGCAUGAAGCAGCAGUGCAAGGACGAGUUGGCCGUCAUUGAGGCGUCCGAGCUGCACUCCACGCUGGAUGGCUACCUGAAGAAGCACAAAUUCUGCCAGGAGUGUCGUACCAAGGUCGAAAAGGCAUACUCACUGCUCGUGGACGAAAGCAAUCCGGCCAAGGAGAAGGGCUACGUCGCGCAUUUAUACUCGGGAAUCAAGCGUUGUUUGACCGACAAACACAUUCACCUCCAGACCAAGCUGGAGUACAUCGACGGGUUGAUCAAGCGGGCCGAGCCGGAACUGAGUGGCCGGAACUCGCGGCACCGUGAACGUCACGCCAAAACGCUGGAGAUUGCCCAGGAGGAGGUGCUGACGUGCAUCGGAAUGUGCCUGUACGAGCGGCUACGGCGCAUCAACGUGUGUCUCCGCGAGGAGGAAAACGCAUGCCAGGUGCUGGCGGCCGUGGCCGUCCACGCCCUCAGUCGCAGCUUCGAUAUGGCCGUCGAGAAUAAGCAGGGCAUCAGCAACCUGGAGCUGCUGUACCAGGAAAUAAGCCGCGAGGAACGUUCCAAGGAGCAGAAGAAAGAGCAAAAGAAGCUGAAGAAACGCAAGAAGCGCAACGAAAAGAAGGGUCUUGGCGGCGGAGGCUCGGGAACCAUGUCCCAGUGCCAGUGCGAGGAACACACCCGGGACGGCGAUGACGACGAUGAGGACGAGGACGACUCGGAGGAGCAACAGCAGCAGCAGCAGCAGCAGUGCUCGGCAGUGGCAGCAUUUUCAAAGUCCGAACCGGUGGCCACUCCGACGGCCACGACGGGACCAUCCAAACACUGCACCCAUCACGCUUCCAUCGACGGUGGCUACUCGUCCGAACCGCAAAACACCGAAUCGUCCCAGCUGUCGUCGUCCAGCCUGGUCAGCACUCCGGAGGGCUCGGAAGUGGCGUGUUCGGACGGGUUCUGCAACCACCACAGCAACGACAGCGGCAUGAUGUCACAAAGGGCGAGCCACAGCACGUCGUCGGGGUCACCGGCCGGUUCGCCGCACACCCGAGGGUACACGUCGUGUUCGGUCGUGUCCGGGCCGGCGCUCAGUCUGCUGGAAAUGCUGGACAAAUCGUCGGCGGAGGAGGACGACGGCGAGGGGGAUUUCAUCCCGCACGAGUGCAUUCUGGAGUUUAAGGCACGCAGCAACAUCAUCAAGCAGCAGCGGGAGGCUCUGCGCCAGCAGCUGCUCAACAACUUCAAGCGGUUGUGCAUAAACCACUGCGGCAAAAGCAGCAAGGGGCAAGAGGAACAGCAGCAGCCGCAUUAACGCCGCCGAUACCUUGUAACAUGCCGUCGCUGCCGCAAUAACAACACACACUACUCCUGUCGUUUAUUGGCUGAUUCAGGCUCAUUUAUUGUAAUUGAAUAUUUGAAUGCUAUUUUAAAUAAUACAAGGUAAUAUUAUGAAAAAUA